CCCAGCCCGCUGCCCCCGGCCCGCGCCGCCUCCUGAGCCCGGCCCGCCCGGCCCGCCCGGCCCGCGCCAUGGAGCCCGGCCGCGGCGGCCUGGAGACCGUGGGCAAGUUCGAGUUCUCGCGCAAGGACCUGAUCGGCCACGGCGCCUUCGCCGUGGUCUUCAAGGGGCGCCACCGGGAGAAGCACGACCUGGAGGUCGCGGUCAAGUGCAUUAACAAGAAGAACCUCGCCAAGUCCCAGACGCUGCUUGGGAAGGAAAUCAAGAUCCUCAAGGAGCUGAAACACGAAAACAUCGUGGCUCUGUACGACUUCCAGGAAAUGGCCAAUUCUGUCUAUCUGGUCAUGGAGUACUGCAACGGAGGGGACCUGGCCGACUAUCUGCACGCCAUGAGGACCCUGAGCGAGGACACCAUCCGGCUCUUCUUGCAGCAGAUCGCGGGGGCCAUGCAGCUGCUGCACAGCAAGGGCAUCAUCCACCGGGACCUGAAGCCCCAGAACAUCCUGCUGUCCAACCCUGGCGGGCGGCGCGCCAACCCCAACAACAUCCGCGUCAAGAUCGCCGACUUCGGCUUCGCCCGGUACCUGCAGAGCAACAUGAUGGCGGCCACGCUCUGCGGCUCCCCCAUGUACAUGGCCCCCGAGGUCAUCAUGUCCCAGCACUACGACGGAAAGGCAGACCUGUGGAGUAUCGGCACCAUCGUGUACCAGUGCCUGACCGGCAAGGCGCCCUUCCAGGCCAGCAGCCCCCAGGACCUCCGCCUCUUCUACGAGAAGAACAAAACCCUGGUGCCCAUCAUUCCCCGGGAGACCUCGGCCCCCCUGAGACAGCUGCUGCUGGCCCUGCUGCAGCGCAACCACAAGGACCGCAUGGACUUCGAUGAGUUUUUCCGUCACCCCUUCCUUGAUGCCAGCGCUUCUGUGAAGAAGUCCCCACCUGUGCCUGUGCCCUCGUACCCGAGCUCCGGCUCCGGCAGCAGCUCCAGCAGCAGCUCCACCUCGCACCUGGCCUCCCCCCCGUCCCUGGGGGAGAUGCAGCAGCUGCGGAAGACGCUGACCUCCCCAGCCGACGCCGCCGGCUUCCUGCAGGGCUCCCGAGACUCGGGCGGCAGCAGCAAGGAUUCGUCCUGCGACACCGAUGACUUUGUCAUGGUCCCGGCCCAGUUUCCAGGUGACCUGGUGGCCGAGGCAGCCAGUGGCAAGCCCCCGCCGGACAGCCUGAUGUGCAGUGGGAGCUCACUGGUGGCCUCAGCUGGCCUGGAGAGCCACGGCCGGACCCCGUCUCCGUCCCCACCAUGCAGCAGCUCCCCCAGCCCCUCAGGCCGGGCCGGCCCAUUCUCCAGCAGCAGGUGCGGCGCAUCCGUCCCCAUCCCUGUGCCCACCCAGGUGCAGAACUACCGGCGCAUCGAGCAGAAUCUGCAGUCGCCCACCCAGCACCAGGCUCCACGGUCCUCCGCUAUCCGCAGGUCGGGCAGCACCAGCCCCCUGGGCUUUGCGCGGGCCAGUCCAUCACCCCCAUCCCACGCUGAGCACGGGACUGCCCUGACCAGGAAGCUCUCCUUGGGCGGAGGCCGACCCUACACGCCAUCUCCACAAGUCGGAACCAUCCCUGAGAGGCUGGGCUGGAGUGGGGUGCCCUCCCCCCAAGGAGCUGAGAUGCGGGGUGGCAGGUCCCCUCGUCCAGGCUCCUCCGCGCCUGAGCAUUCUCCCCGCUCCGCUGGGCUGGGCUGCCGCCUGCACAGCGCCCCCAACCUCUCCGACCUGCACAUCGUCCACUCCAAGCUGCCCAAGCCCCCCACGGACCCCCUGGGGGCUGUGUUCGGCCACCCGCAGGCCAGCCCCCCACAGCCAUCCCACGGACUUCAGUCCUGCCGCCCCCUGCGUGGCUCACCCAAGCUUCCUGACUUCUUGCAGCGGAACCCCCUGCCCCCCAUCCUAGGCUCCCCCACCAAGGCCAUGCCCGCGUUCGACUUCCCCAAGACCCCCAGCUCCCAGAACCUGCUGACCCUCCUGGCCCGGCAGGGUGUGGUCAUGACGCCACCUCGGAACCGCACGCUGCCUGACCUCUCGGAGGCAGGCCCCUGCCAGGGACAGCAGCUGGGCCCUGGCCUGCGGCCUGCGGAGGACACCAAGGGCCCCUUCGGCAGGUCCCUUAGCACUGGCCGCCUCACCGAUCUGCUCCUUAAGGCCGCGUUCGGGACACAGGCCCCAGACUCCGGCAGCUCCGACAGCCUGCAUGAGAAGCCCAUGGAGAUCGCGCCCUCUGCUGGCUUCGGAGGGAACCUGCAGCCAGGCGCCCGUGCUGGGGGGGCCAGCAGCCCUUCCCCUGUGGUGUUCACUGUGGGUUCACCCCCCAGUGGGGCCACGCCACCCCAGGGCCUGCGCACUAGGAUGUUCUCAGUGGGCUCCUCGAGCUCCCUCAGUUCCGCCGGCUCCGCCUCCGCCCGCCACCUGGUGUCUGGGGCCUGCAGCGAGGCUGCCCCUGAGGCCCUGGCCCCUGGCCACUGCUGCAGCUUUGCCGACACUGUUGCUGCCAACCUGGAGGGGGCUGUGACCUUCGAGGCCCCGGACCUCCCCGAGGAGACGCUCAUGGAGCAAGAGCACACGGAGAUCCUGCACGGCCUGCGCUUCACGCUCGUCUUCGUCCAGAGCGUCCUGGAGAUCGCCACCCUCAAGGGCAGCGCCAGCGAGGCGGCCGGCGGCCCCGAGUACCAGCUGCAGGAGAGCAUGGUGGCCGACCAGAUCAGCCUGCUGAGCCGCGAGUGGGGCUUUGCAGAGCAGCUGGUGCUUUACCUGAAGGUGGCCGAGCUGCUGUCCUCGGGCCUGCAGACCGCCAUUGACCAGAUCCGGGCCGGCAAGCUCUGCCUGUCGUCCACUGUGAAGCAGGUGGUGCGGAAGCUGAACGAGCUGUACAAGGCCAGCGUGCUGUCCUGCCAAAGCCUGAGCCUGCGGCUGCAGCGCUUCUUCUUGGACAAGCAGCGGCUCCUGGAUCGCAUCCAGAGCGUCACCGCGGAGAAGCUCAUCUUCAGCCACGCAGUCCACACGGUGCAGUCGGCUGCCCUGGACGAGAUGUUCCGCCGCCGGGAGGACUGUGUCCAGCGCUACCACAAGGCCCUGCUGCUCAUGGAGGGGCUGCAGCAGCUUCUCACGGACCAGGCGGACGUGGAGAACAUCGCCAAGUGCAAGCUGUGCAUCGAGCGGAGACUCUCGGCCCUGCUCACCGGGCCCUGCUGACUGGCAUGUGUGCCUGACCUCCUGGGAGCCUGCCUGCUGUGUCCCAGCGGCUGGACCUUCUCCACGCAUCUGUGGGUGGACUGCAAGGGACAAGCCUGCAGCCUGGGCACUGCUCCCUGGUGCCGGGGAAGGACAGUCUCCCUGCUCUGUGUCCAGAGCUAGGUCUCCAGCCACAUCUGUUUCCUGGGCUCUGGCCGGCACUGGGCCUCAGAGCACUGGAGGGCCCGCACAGAACUUCAGCCCAGGCCAGGCCCCUGGAGGCCUCCGGGCGGUGGGGACGGGUGGGCACCCUCCCACCCCAGCCACACCCAGCGCAGUCCUGCCGAGGACCUGCCAGGGGCCCACUCAAGCCAAAGCCUCCAGGCCUGCCAGGGGCCCGCCCAGGACGAGGUUUGGGCUGCUGGCUCCUCUCCUUCCCCGAGACCACCACCCAGCUUUGUGAAUCACCAAGCACUUUAUGCAGGCGGCCUGGCACCAGGACUGCCUGCCCAGCCCUGGCUGCUACACUAGAGGCGUGUGUACAGGCCGUGUACAUAUACACGUAUACAUAUACACAUAUACAUAGCCCUGCUGUGCCUGCUGCCCGGCCCCGGGGAGACACAGCGUCUUAUUUAAAUGUUCUUUUAGGGACACACAGUAUGACGCACCGAGCUUCCUAAACCCAGAGUGGACGUGGCAGUCUUUCACAUUUUACUCACGUGAAAUGUGUCUUAUUUUUCUGCAGCUCUUUUUUCGUUUAAAGGAGAAAACUCGUAGGUGUUCAGAACGUUUUGUUUUGGAAGGGGUGGGAGGGGCCGUGGCGGGCAGGUAAGCCUGCCUGGGGCAGGGGGACCCCUGCCACAGAGACGGUGGCCAGUGAGGGGGAGCGUUUUGUGCAAAAACCAGUAAGUAGGUUUUGACAUCAGAUCCCUCCUCACCUCCCCUGCCCUUCCAGGUCCUGGCCGCUAUAAAAGGGGUCAGGGAGGCCCACCUGCGGGCUCCACGGGCAUCCCCAGUCUGCCCAGCUCUGCCUAGCCCCCUCGAGUGCACCCCCAGCGGAAGCUGGGCAAGUCCAGGCACCUGUCCAGGGGUUUAAGGUCGAUGCCACAGACCCAGGCGAAUCGAUGCGUGUUUCUUUGCAAUACUACUUGAAUAUUGCCCUGUGCUUGGACUUAGAAGCCCUGUGACUUUAUUUUUUCCUCGCCACACAGGACAUGUUCCUAUUUAUUGCUUUAUGGUUGGCUAGACUCCAGGGCUGCCGGGAGGCUGGCCCCACGGAGGGGGCCUCCUGCCCAGCCCCUCGUUCAGGGCACCAAGUAUGCUCCGUGUGCCUCCCGGUGCGUGCCGCCCGCCGACCCUGCUCCCCGUGAGACAGCACUCGGUUCGGUCUACUUUAAAGGAACAGUGUGUGAUCCCUCCCCAUUGUGUUAAAAGUGUGUAACAUCGA